CUCAGCUACAUCGGGCUUUGUAGAUGGCUGAACGGUGCACCGCGCCGGAGGCAGCAUGUCCUUUGAGAGUGGACUCAGAGGCCCUGUGUCCUGCAUUCUGGACCUGGCAACUGGAGGGUGUUCAAACACUAGUUCUGGUUUAAAAGUGACUGAUAUUGGAAGGUAAGUCCCUGGUCUGGAUGAGUGUGGGAGGCAGAGUAGGCUUCUCGCCAUGGCUCACUCCUCUGACUAUUACAACCAGAGGGAGAUGACCAACGGAGGAGGGCAUUCUCAGCCCCACAAUGGAGGUGGUCAUCCUCAUCCACACAAUGGAGGAGGUCAACCUCAUCCGCACAAUGGAGGAGGUCAACCUCAUCCCCACAAUGGAGGAGGUCAACCUCAUCCCCACAAUGGAGGAGGUCAACCUCAUCCACACAAUGGUGGCCUUCAAGCUGGUGGAUCCCACUCGACGAACCGCUAUAUGCAGAAGAAGUAUCACCGCCACAGGGGCGGCAGGUCCUCACCUAUGGGCAGAGUCAUCCUCAUCAACUCUCCUGUUGAUGGUGGGGAUGACAGUGAGGACCUCCACACCGUCACAGUGGAGAAGAGUGCAGACGGCCACCUGGGCUUCAGCGUGAGGGGGGGUUCAGAACAUGGACUCAGCAUCUUCGUCAGCAAGAUAGAGGAUGGGAGCUCGGCAGAGCAGGCCGGCCUGUGUGUCGGCGACCAGCUGGUGGAGGUGAAUGGGAUCAGCUUGGAGGGCAUCACCAUGAGCAGUGCUGUGAAGGUUCUGACGGGGAACGCCCGGCUGAGGAUGGUGUUGAGACGCGUGGGGAAGGUCCCAGGAAUACGCUACUCCAAGGAGAAGACCACGUGGGUGGAUCUGAUCCAGAGGCGCAUGGUUGUGGAGGAGAGCGGGCGAACUCCGUCCGAUGCCAGUUCAGACAGUGUUUUACGCAGGAUCGUCCACCUCUACACCACCUCAGAGGACUACUGCCUUGGGUUCAACAUCAGAGGGGGCAAGGAGUUCGGGCUGGGCAUUUAUGUCUCCAAGUUGGACCCUGGGGGGCUGGCAGAGCAACACGGCAUCAAGAUGGGCGACCAGAUCCUGGCAGCCAAUGGGGUGAGCUUUGAUGACAUCACCCAUAGCAACGCAGUGGAAGUUCUGAAGAGCCACACCCACAUCAUGCUGACCAUCAGGGAAGCCGGAAGGUACCCAGCUUACAAAGAGAUGGUGGCUGAAUACAGCUGGCUCAGCAAAAUGGCCAACAGCAGGCCACCUUCCUCAAAGGAAUCUGACUCCUACUCCUCGGCCUCCUCCUUGUCUUCCACCCCCCUCAGUUCCCUCAGUGGUCUCUCACAGGUCCUCUUCCCCCCUGCCUUCGGCUCUGACAUGGUGGACGUCAGCAUCUCCACUGAGGAUCGGCCCCAACUCCCCAGCAGCUCUGACCGCACAGCAGAAUUCUCCAUGCAGACAGACCCACCCCGUCCCACAGACUCCAGCUCUCUCCCCUCUCCUCAUGGGAGGCUGGUUGCUACGGAAACCAGCCGGACACUAGGUGCCACCGUGUUUUUGAAGGACACAGCCAUUAGGGGGAAAGGGGAGGGACCCGCGGAGAGGGGAAGGGCUGGAGAUGGGGUGAGGGGCAAAGGCGGGAUGUUGUCACCCACGGAACAGGAAAUGGAACAGGACUCCCCGAAAACGGCGGUUCUCAUGGCCCUGAGCAGACCAAGGAAGCCCAUCAGACGAUCCCAGAGUCACGUCACAGUUUCAGAGGAAAAGAAGAAGAAGAAGAAGCAGGGGAAGGAGAAGAGCACCACCGAGGCGGAGAGCAGCAAGACCCUGCAGCGUUCCAAGACCUUUGUCAACCUCCUUUUCAGGAGAGACCGGAGGAGAGACCUGUCCGGGGACAGUGGAGAUGCAGGGACGGGGGACACCCACCGGAGGCGCUCCAAGUCCGCCUCCCACCCUGCUGACAGAGAUAAGGAGAGGGGGCGUUCCUUCCAGUUACUGACCUCGCCCUGGGAGACCCGUGCUGGGGUGAAGGACAGCAGCCUGCGGCCAGGUCCUGAGUCUCUGGGACAAGUGGAGAACAUGGCCAGGAAACUACUCAGUCAGGACGAGGUCACCGCAGUCAUGAGACACUGUAAGCGGUUUAUGUCAGAGCAUGUGGUGGAGGAUCUAGUCCGCCCCCUACUGGCCAUACUGGACCGACCAGAAAAACUACUACUGAUACGAGAGAUCCGGAUACUGGUUGCCCCUACUGAGCUGGGUCGUUUUGACAGUAUGGUCAUGCCGUUUGAACUGCAGGCCUAUGAAAUACUGAAGAGCCGCUCCUUAAGGUCUCCUGCCCUGCGCUCCCCUCGAAGUGGAACCCCCCGACGACACCUCAUGACCCCUGUACCAGACUACCGUGGCGGUUUCCAGCUGGUCCAGGACUCGGACAGAAACCGUCAGCUGAUUGAUGACCUGGAGAGGCUACGUGUUUCUGGCCUCCAGGGGGGUCUCCUGCCCCCGUCCCGCCCCUUCACCCCCCUCCUAGACAUUCCCGUGGACAGCUAUACCUACCACACACCCCGCUCACGCUCCCCGAGCCCCAACUGGCUCCUCACCGAGUCCCCGCACACCGUCCGACCCCAACCCAACCACUCCCCCCAGAGGAGAGACAAUAGUAUGUCCCGGAACUAUGACAACACCUCGUUGCUGUCGGAAGAUCCCACUCUGGAGGGGCGUCGGAACGGGCAUGCUGGGAGGUCCAGGAGGGACCAAUGGGAGGCCAGCUCUGAGAGGCGGGGAGGAAAAGGAGAGGACUACACAGAGGUCAGUGUACAUGUACCACCCCUGGCUCAGGUGUUUCGCGCCCCUCCGCUUGACCGAAGUCCCGUGACGGCGAGGGAAAGGGAGGCGCAGAGCGGGAAGGGAAAGCAGGUGAAUGGACAUUCACCAGGACGACCACUGAGCGGUCAGCACGGACGCCAAACACCUGCCCCUGUUCAGAAGUAUGACAUCACUGCCGUGAACAUCUCCAAGACCAAACAAUCUCUGGGCAUCAGUAUCUCAGGAGGGAUGGAGUCAAAGGUCCAGCCUAUGAUUAAAAUAGAGAAGAUAUUUCCAGGAGGGGCUGCCUCUACCAGUGAUGUCCUGAAGGCGGGGUUUGAGCUGGUGUCGGUGGACGGUGAGUCUCUUCAGCGUGUGACCCAUCUGCAUGCGGUGGAUGUAAUUCGCCGGGCGUUCAGCAACAAGGCCAAAGAACCCAUGGUGUUUGUCGUCAAGAUCCCCAAAGGACCCUAACCACCACAGCUUUCUGUCAGACAUGCUCCUACAGAACUAGAAGCAGGUCUACAAGGAUGUCCUGAGAACCACAGAUUUUUGUCAGACAUGCUCCUACAUAACUAGAGACUGGUCUACAAGGAUGUCCUAAGGCUCAUUCAUUCACCCAAUUUCAGACUGGAAAUGAAAUGCUGGUGUUUUUAGUUACCUUUUAGUUUAUUCACCAAAGAGAGGAGGGUACCUCCGACACUGUCCAAUGAGCUUGCUUCUCCUUUAGGACAAGAUGACAAUGGUGGUUUCUAUAGCAAACAGUAACAUACAGCUAGAACUUCACAUGAUACAUAGAGUAUGUUGUGGCUACGGUCCCAUCUACGACUCCUCUGCCCAUGAAUAUAAUGCAAUAAAUACUAUUUAUCACUUUAUCAAAGACCUGAAUACACAGUAUCCCUUUUGAUAUGAACUUUUGUUGCUAGAUAAAAAUAUAAAAUGUUCUCAUUUUAAGGAUUCUUAGCUGGCUUUUUUAACAUGAACUAACUUUAUUUUAUGAAGAGAGAGAAAAAAAGAAAAGUUGUAUGCAAACAGACUCAGUCAUCCACCCACGCAACAAGCUUUGGCCAACAGGCUUUCAGGCAGGCGUUACCACCCCUCCACCAUGCACACACACAACACACACAUGCAUACACACACACCCAACCACUUCCUGGGAGCAUUUCAGUCCACAGGGGUCCUGCCAGAGAGAGAUUACUAUGUCCAGCGUUAUGAGAUUUAUAGUCCAGAUUAAGCCUCUGUAUUAUGUCAAAAGUCAUAGUUGUGGUUUAGUGGAUGUCUAGGGGAUUAGUAGAAAUGUAAAACAAUGUUUUUUCUGGCCAACACACUGUGUUUCUGGAGCCGGUCAUCACUUUAAAGGCUUGAUUACACUGUGGACUGAGCCUGUACAGACAUGUGGAGGAGUUGAAGGAAAACAAAAAGAUAAACAGAAGAUAUGAGGGCCAGUGGUAAGGCUUGAACAAGGACUGGUGUGAGAGAAGAUGGGAGAGAGGCUAGCAGAGAAGGGCUGGGGUGCUAGAACUGAGUUGAAGAGAGUUUGUGGGAGUAUCCCUCUAAUUUUGUGGGUUAGUCAUAGAGAAAUAGCUAGUACAGGAAGACAGGAGCAGGAAGAGAGGGGCAGGUAGAGAGGGGCAGGUAUAGAGGGGGGCCUUUGGAAAGUAUUCAGACCACUUUUGUUAAAUUUUGUAAUGUUAAACUGUUAUUUAUGACUAAUUAGUAAACAUUUUAGCCAUCAAUCUACACAAAAUACCCCGUAAUGACAAAGCGAAAACAUGUUUUUAGAAAUAUAUGCCAGUUUUUCUUGAGAUGUCCUUGAAAAAUGUAUUCCAUCUGUGGCAAAUUUCAUUGGUUGGACCUAUCUAUAUAAGGCGCCACACUUCACAGAGCGAAAACCAAGCCAUGAAGUUCAAGGAACUCUCCUUCAACCUCCAAGAUAUAACUGCGUCAUGAUAUUGAUCUGGGGAACAUGAAAAUAUUGCUUAAGUAUUUGAAGUUUCCAGGAGCACAGUGGGCUCCAUGAUUGUGAAAUAGAAGAACUUUGGAACCACAGCAACUCUCCCAAGAGCUGGCCGUCCACAAAAACCAAGUAACCAGGCAGUAAGGGCCUUGGUUUAACAGAGCUUCAGAGAUGGGAGAACCUGUCAGAAGGACGACCGUCUUUGCAGUGCUACAUGAAUCAGGCCUUCAUGGUACAGUGGCUAGACACAAGCUACUUACUGCCAAAGGCACUUCUACAAAGUACUGAAUAAAGGGUUUGAGUACUUACAGUA